AUGCCGUCCAUCACCUCCCUCAUCGCCGCCUCCGCCCUGGCCGGCGCCGUGCUCGCCGCCCCAACCGGCCGCCAGCCCACCAAGCGCGGCUUCACCAUCAACCAAAAGAUCGCCAAGCCCUUCCAAGCCCCCGCCGUGCAGCUGCGCCGUGUGUACGAGAAAUACAACGUCGCUGUCCCCGCGGACGUCUCCAAGGCGGCACAGGACGACGGCAGCGUCGCCGCCAACCCGGAAGACGGCGAUGUCGAGUAUCUCAGCCCCGUCGAGAUCGGUGGCCAGACCGUCAAUUUGGAUUUCGACACGGGAUCGGCCGAUCUGUGGGUGUUCUCGACCGAGUUGCCCAAGGCGCAGCAGAGUGGCCACGAGCUGUACGAUCCUAAGAAGUCGAAGACGGCCAAGGAGCUGUCGGGGGCGAGCUGGCAGAUUUCGUAUGGUGAUGGCAGUGGGGCGUCCGGAAAUGUUUACACGGAUACCGUCAAUGUGGGCGGUACGGAAGUCACCGGUCAGGCUGUGGAGCUUGCCUCCAAGAUCUCUCAGCAGUUUCAGCAGGACGAGAACAAUGAUGGUCUGCUUGGCCUUGCCUUCAGCAAGAUUAAUACAGCAGUUCAGCCCACGCAGCAAAAGACCUUCUUCGACACCGCCAUUGAUCAGGGCGUCCUCUCGCAGAAUCUCUUCACCGUCGACCUCAAGAAGGGCGCGCCGGGCACUUAUGACUUUGGCUUCAUUGAUGACAGCAAGCACACCGGCGAGAUCCACUACACCGAUAUCGACAGCUCGCAGGGCUUCUGGGAAUUCACCGGAACUGGCUAUGGCGUUGGCAACGGUAGCUUCCAGCAGCAAAGCAUCGACGCCAUCGCCGACACGGGCACCACACUGAUCCUCAUCGAGGACGACAUCGUCGAGGCCUACUACAAGGAGGUCAGUGGCGCAGAGUACGACAGCCAACAGGGUGGUUACACCUUUAGCUGUGACGCAGAGCUGCCGGACUUCUUCCUGGGCAUCGGCGAUUACCAGGCCAAGGUGCCCGGGUCAUUCAUCAAUUUGGCGCCUGUGGACAAUUCUGGCCAGACUUGCUUUGGUGGCAUUCAAUCGAGCCAGGGUAUUGGACAGAGUAUCUAUGGCGAUGUCUUCUUGAAGGCCAUCUUCGCCGUCUUUGACAACGACAACAUGCAGUUCGGCGUUGCGGAGAAGAGCUUGUAG